GCCGUUGCAAUCCUCCUCACCACAAGACUGAGACCCUGCUUCGGGCCCUGCCCCUGUGGUAAGAAGAGCACAGCAAGCCCAGCCCAACAGAGUUAAGAGGAAGAUCUAUGAGGCAUGGCACCUUCCCUCAGAUUUGGAAGAAAGUAGACUACAUGCAGAGAUACCAGACCGCCUCUGAGACCCAUGGACAAUCCCGCACUCACACGUCUCUGUCAGACUUUAAGAGUAACCAGUAAUAUGCUACCUUUGCAAGAUGAAAAGAAACUAAUGCCAAGAAGGCGUGUUCUUCAGUGUUUGGAAUAGACGUGCUCUCAAGACCAUGGCUUCAAAGGUCUCCUGUUUAUAUGUGUUGACAGUUGUGUGCUGGGCCAGUGCUCUCUGGUACUUGAGUGUAACUCGUCCUACUUCUUCCUACACUGGCUCCAAGCCAUUCAGCCACCUGACAGCUGCCAGGAAGAACUUCACAUUUGGCAACAUAAGAACUCGACCUAUAAACCCACAUUCUUUUGAAUUUCUUAUAAAUGAGCCCAACAAAUGUGAUAAAAACAUUCCUUUCCUUGUUAUUCUUAUCAGCACCACCCACAAAGAAUUUGAUGCCCGCCAGGCAAUCCGAGAGACAUGGGGGGAUGAGAACAACUUUAAAGGGAUCAAGAUAGCCACUCUGUUCCUCCUGGGCAAGAACGCUGAUCCAGUUCUGAAUCAGAUGGUGGAGCAAGAGAGCCAAAUCUUCCACGACAUUAUCGUGGAGGACUUCAUUGACUCUUACCAUAAUCUCACCCUCAAAACAUUAAUGGGCAUGAGAUGGGUGGCCACGUUUUGUUCAAAAGCCAAGUAUGUCAUGAAGACAGACAGUGACAUUUUUGUAAACAUGGACAACCUUAUUUAUAAAUUACUAAAACCCUCAACCAAGCCAAGAAGGAGGUAUUUUACUGGCUAUGUCAUCAAUGGAGGGCCAAUCCGGGAUGUCCGCAGUAAGUGGUAUAUGCCCAGGGAUUUGUACCCUGACAGUAACUACCCACCAUUCUGUUCAGGGACUGGCUAUAUCUUCUCAGCCGAUGUAGCAGAACUCAUUUACAAGACCUCACUCCACACAAGGCUGCUUCACCUUGAGGAUGUCUAUGUAGGACUGUGUCUCCGAAAGCUGGGCAUACAUCCUUUUCAGAACAGUGGCUUCAAUCACUGGAAAAUGGCCUAUAGUUUGUGUAGGUACCGCCGAGUUAUCACUGUGCAUCAGAUCUCUCCAGAAGAAAUGCACAGAAUCUGGAAUGACAUGUCGAGCAAGAAACAUCUCAGAUGUUAGGAUUUUUACCUAUGUAAAUACAUUUCUUUUCUUUUUUUAAGAAAUGGGGCUUAAGGUGUUGGUAUUUUACAAGUGUCACCAGAAGUGAACUGGUGAAGGGGUUUUGUACAAAGCUUUUUCUUCCCGCUCCUAUUUCCUUUCUUGGAUUAUCAACUUACAAAUGUCAGGCUCUGAUCAUAGAAACAACAUGUAAGUUAGAAGCACCAGAUUUUAUUCUCAGGUCCUAAGGUCUUGCAUUGAUCUCAAAAAGCAACUUCUUAACAACUGCUAGGACUUACAUACUCUGCAUCUGAGAUAAAAAUCUGGUUCUGGGAAAUGAAACUCACAGUAAUGUCUUCAUAGCAUCUCUGCAGAAGUUAACAAAGUUCCUUUUCAAAGACAAUUCAGAAAUAAUGCACAGUCAGGAAGACACACUGGAUGUGAGUGUUAGUAUCAGUGUGCUAUUGUGUGAAUUUUUACACUUACUCCCACAGAUCAUGCACAGUAUUGGUGGUUCCAACAAGAAAUGAACUUAGCACUGGCAGGGAGGCUACAGUUAAGUAAAUGGAAAUUUAACUUGAGAAUCAAAUACUUUCGAUGUUUGGAAGAAAAUCUGCUUGCUCAUUCAACAAACAUUACCUGGUGCCUCCAAGUAGACUUUGCCAAAUGUAAUCUUACCUGCUACCCUCCAUACCAUGUCGCUAAGUGCAUAUUAAACUUUCUGUCUCAGGCAGGCACAUGUGUAGAACUAAGCUGGUGGGAGGCCAGAAGAACAAUAAAUCAGAGAAUAUAAAUCAAAUAUGCAUAAUAAUUAAUAUAAGCUUAGCAAUAGUGUAAGAUGCCCCCCACACACAUUUGCAAAGUGUGUACGAAAAUCUUUUAACAGAUACCAAUGUUAUGAAUGACUUAUCUCUACAGUUGAUAGAUGUAAUACUCUCUAAUAUCCAAACAUCCAAGUACCUCUAGCAGCCAUGCUGGUAGGAGGUGUUCCACGGCCCCAGAAUUGAGGUUCAUGGGAAAAAAGAGGGGGAAGCUUGGCUUCAGGUUCUACUGAUGCUAUCCUACUUGUUGGAUCAUGUGAGCAGGAUCCUUGCUGGAUCAUCUUUACCUUACUGUGCUUCAAACAUGCUCAUUUACAAAAUGGUGGAAAAAAACACCUACCUCACAGGUGCUGUGAGAGCAAAUCCCAUUUGCCAAGUAUUUUGAGAUCCUUGGUUUAAAAGGUGCUACAUAAUGCAGUGUACGAUGCAUUAUGCUAAAUGCUAAAAUAGUUAUAUAAUUAUAAUGAUGGUCAGAAGUAGUAGUGACAUCAUUUUAGUAUAAAAUCUGCCAAAAUAAAGAUCAAAUAUGAACUAUUAGUGAACCUGAUUCUUCUAAGACUUUCCCUUGGAAGUGUUAGGGGCUUGGGGAAGCUUCAAUUUCUUUGUCAUUUCUUCUGGUUUUAGUGAAUCAGUUAUUGUGUCAAUGCAUUGCCUUGAUAUCCUAGGGUACUGAGAGUGAAGGCAGCUGGCUUUCUUUGAGGAGGGGCCUCUGGCCAGGGGUGUAUUAGGGCAAUUGAAGCACCUGCUUUGCAAAAGGUAUCACAUCAACUUAGACCUUAGGAAACACUUGAUCUGAAUUCUCAGAACUCUGAGGAUGGGUCGAGCCAGCCCACUUCUAUUAGAAGGAUAGACUCUCAGUGCACCCACACAUUCCACAUCUUCUACCACUCAUUAGAAAACUGUUUUCACUAAAAAAAAAAAAACAGGCCCACAACUGAAAGAGUAUACUUUUGUUUUAAUCUAACCCUUGGAACCCCCCUGUAGAAGUUGAUAGCAAAGGGGUAGAAAAAAAUUAAUAAAUGGAAGAUAUGGCCUAUUUCCUGAAAACACUAGAUCUCUUAUCGCCAGUGCAAAAAAGCCCAAUGUUAGACGACAGGCCUCUCAGUCCUUUAGUACAGCUUCAUCUUACAGUCAGCAGUACUGCUGAGUUUGAUUAGAGACAGCAUCGGGUAGCCUGGGGAGAGAUGGAUUAGCACAGGUGAGCCGCCCUCCAGCCCCACCUUUGACUGCUGUGAGUUCUGAUCACUGCAGAAGUCUCUCAUGACUUUGUACUUGGUUUGCCUUUCAGUCGUGUGGCUGAGUUAAGCCUCUGUCUCAUACUGCCGUCUUGCAUUGACCUUAUGCUCACCAUUGGUGUCAAGGAAUUAUGUAUUAUAAACAUCAUACAUGUACAUCUGUGAAUUUUGGGGUGUGUGUGUAUGUGUGUACAUUAUGAAUAGAGAGCCCUACUCUUUAAAAGGAGCUUAAAUCAGAGAAUCAUGUCUUAAAGAAGUAUUUCCUAACUUUUUUAUGCUAGGUAGUGCCCAUGUGACAAACAUGUAAAUAUUCAUCCAAGACCAUAUGUAUAUAUUUUAAAGGCAUUUUUUUCUUCUCCCCAACUUUAUGUAUAGCUAGACUGUGCUUGCUGGGUACAUGUUCUUCUGCAUGGGGCUUGGGGAAGCAAGGCCAUUUGCCCAGUUCCAAUAGCCUAAAGCAUGUUUGCCCUUCGUUCAAAAAAAAUGUUUAAGUCAAGUGAUCAGAAAAAGCUCUAAUUUUCUACUAUUGUUAAUUUUAUGACACUGGCCAAAUUAUGGUUUUGAUUAUUUGUGAUGCCAUUUUUUUUAAAGUUACUAUUCCUCUGACAUAAAGUAAUAUUUCAGGCAGUAUUGUACUAGGAGCCAUUCAGGCAGUUUUUACAAAAACCUUCCGACUACCCGUACAUGUUUUGUUCACUUUGCAUUGGAAAACAAAAGAUAGUAAUAAUUAGUGUCUGUACAUUUUCUUUCUUAAACUUAUUUUGCAAAAAAAUGGUUAAUCUUUUUUGGCUA